AUGGCAAGCGAUCAAAUACCAUCGGAGCUGAAGAUCAAGCUACAAAACAGCGGUGACGAAAAGGAGAAGGUGGUUGUCAAGGCAAGCAAAAAACCCGCAUUAUCUGCUGCCAAUGCGGCACUUUUGGCGGAGAGUGGCGAGGUUGCUGAUGCCGACGAUUUGGGAAGAGAGAUGACGAGUCUUCAGAGAAGCAAAGGGUAUAAGAGCCAUCUCAUGAAGCUGCAUUCAGUUGUGCGUCCCGAGGGACAGCCUCAGGGACCACCAUCCAUGCUCGUUUUAGAGCACAUUCCACACGGCACACUCAAGGAACUUGCUCAGGCUAUUGGAAUCGGGAACCUUCCAGGAAGCUUCAUCCGCUCCGUGUUUCUCUGCCUCGUUCGAAUAGUGACCGAGCUUGCCUACCCGGAUACGGAUGGACACGACAUCCCUGCUGACCCUGAUGUCAGGCCGACAGAACUCGCCCAUAUGGAUAUUAGAUGGAACAAUUUAAUGUUCGGCGAUGUAGAGCCGGGGAGUGCUGAACAUGACCCUUGGCCCAUACUGAAGCUUAUAGAUUUUGGCCAAGCAAGAGAUUAUACUGAGGUCGAUGAGAAAGACGAUGCGGAAUAUGUCUCUGCCGACCGGCGGAAAACACGAGAGGAUGCCGAUGCUGCUGCCAAAAAGGGUCCAGAGAAACGUAGCAGCGGAAUAGAAAGAAACAUACGAGACUUAGCCUUGGUCGGUCAUCCUGAACGCCCCCUUUUCACCCUUCCAGCCGGCAAACAGCUUACCAAAUCGUCGCCACCUGCGAACGCGCCGAAUUUAGAACAGGACGUACGCAACCUGAUUAUACAGUGCCUGGCUCCGAACCCUAAACACCGUCCUUCGCUCGAGGAGUUGACCGCGCUCGAUUGGUUUGCUAACGUCACAGAGCAAGACUGCGAAGAUGCGAAGGCACUAGUCGACAAGCAUAUUUAUAACAAGAAGAGUUAG